GAUCACAGGCAAUAUGUCUCCUCCUAAAUCCAGCAGAUGGUGUCCGACCCCAGAGCAGCUCAUGAUACUGCAGGAACUGUAUCGAAGAGGGUUGACGAACCCUAACGCCUCCCAGAUACAGAAAAUCACUGCCCAUCUCUCAUUUUACGGACAGAUUCAAGGCAAAAGUGUGUUUUACUGGUUUCAGAACCACAAAGCCAGGGAUCGUCAAAAGCUGAGAAAGAAACUCGCCCACCAACUGCUGCAACAACACGUCCUACUCGGUCUGUAUCAACAUAAUCAUCAGCAUAAUCUUUCUGGCUUCACUCAUCACUUAUCAUCCAGUCGUUGCACAGCCCGAAAUCUUUAUCCACAGGGUGGCGGAGGCUGUGAGGAGGCACCAGCAGUAGUGAUGAAUCAUCAUCGUUCAAAAGAUUGUGUGAUGAGAAUGUAUGGCGAUGAUGUGACGAUGAUGAUUAUGGACGUCGACCCCAACUUCCCCUGCUGCAGGAACAAGCGCCUUGAAACCCUAGAACUCUUCCCCCUCAGAUCCCCCGCCGUAAAGGACCAAGAACGUUAAUUCCGCAGCUUGGAAAACUACCUAUAUAUAUUUAUAUAAUAAUCUCCAGCAAUCACCUCCCACCCCACCAGUAAUUGAGAUGAUUCCUAGUAAUAAAUAAUGGCACUGUAUGUCAUUUAUGUCUCUAAGGUAGUCUAACCUGCAGAAAGUCUAUAUAUAAUCUGUAUUUCUUGGUGUUGGUUCAGUGUAUAUAGUUCAGUGGACAGUAUUCGCUGUUU